AUGCUCAGCCUGGUGGUAUCUCUUUUGGUGCUCGUACUCCUCGGAGUCGCCCUCUUGGGCUCUCUCUUCUUCCUGAGGAGAAUGCGCAAUGCGAAGCGACAAGCCGAGCUUCCCUUGUACGAGAAGCGGCAAUCAGGCCACCGCCGCCUAACCAUCACUGCAUCGCCCGGUGGCAAAGGGCGGGACUCCGUCCUCGUCUACCAAGAGAAGCAAGACCUCAUGGCCAACUCCUCGAGCCCCCCACAGAGCCCCGUUCCCGAGAUCCGCAUUACCUUUCCCGACGAAGUAGACGGCACUGGGAAGCGCCAAUCUGGUCGCGUUGUCGUUGUCAGAGUCGGAGACCACAGCGUGGGUCUCGAGCCCCUGCACGAGGACCUUCCCCCUUAUCAGCGCGAUGCAUCGGAUCGCUUCGACUCGCUGGAUCUCGACCGUAUCGGCGGCCUGAAAGAGAAGGAUGACAAGUACUACGCAUAA